AUGAUCUCCCUCUUUGCGAUAAUCUGCGCCAUUGCGCCUGCCGCCCUUGCUCUGACCUACAGAGCCGCGGACAUUUCCUCGCUCUUGGUCGUGGAAGAGGCAGGCGUCGUGUACUCCGACAAUGGUAAUAUCCUUCCGUUCGAAGACAUCUUAACGCAGAAUGGCAUGAACACCGCGCGGAUACGCGUGUGGACAGCUGGACAGUACGACCUGGACUACGGUCUAGCACUUGCCAAGAGGGUCAAGGCGGCCGGAAUGACACUUCACAUUGACCUCCAUUACAGUGAUACAUGGGCGGACCCAGGUCACCAAGCUAUCCCUUCGGGCUGGCCUACGAACCUGACGGGAUUGACCUCUGAGAUUUACUCAUACACCCAGAAUAUUGUACAGAGUUUUGCUGCCCAAGGCACUCCCAUCGACAUUCUACAGGUGGGCAACGAGAUUAAUAAUGGUCUGCUAUGGCCCGUCGGCGAGAUUUCGGUCAACGGCUUUGCUCCAGUAUCCCAGCUCCUUCACUCAGCUAUUCAGGGCGCUUUAUCUGUCGGUUCGCCCACGAUUCUGAUUCACAUCGCGAACGGGUGGGAUUGGGCUGGUGUGGAGUACUUCUUCGGCGGCGUAUUCAUGCCGGGUGCCCUCUCACUCUCUGAGGUGGACAUCAUGGGUCUGUCGUUCUAUCCGUUUUACGGUACCAACGCGACGCUGUCCAACCUACAAUCAUCUCUCACGAACCUCGUGAAUGAGUUCGGGAAGGAGGUGGUGAUUGCGGAGACAGACUGGCCUGUGACGUGCCCGAAUGUGACUCUGAGCGAGCCGACGAUCCCUGUGUCGGCGAUAGGCCAGGAAGUCUGGACGAGUGACAUCAGAGACGUGCUGCUUAGCCUUCCGGGCAGCCUGGGACAGGGAAUCUACUAUUGGGAACCUGGUUGGAUUGGAAAUGCGGCUUUAGGCUCGUCGUGCCCGGACAAUUUGCUUGUAUCUCCGUCCGGUGAUGCCAGGCCCUCGAUUGCGAUCUUUGAGACGGAUAUGUGA